AGGGGGACUGCAUUUCAACUUGCACAGCUAUUCUCAAUUUGUCAUUCCCUUCCAUCAUCCAUUAAUUUGGCAUUACCUUGGCUUAUUUGCUUUGCUCCUAUCAUAUCAGUUUAGCAUCUAUCUAUCUAUCUAUCAAUCAAGUUAUUGCCACAACCAAAUUCAAGGGAGGGAAAAGAAGGAGCAGCCUCACCCUUAUAAUCUCCUACAGCUCCUUCCUCUCUUGUAAGGUUCAAAUUCUUGCUACCAACUCUUGUUUUUCUUCCUCCUGAACACACCCUCCGUUUCAGUCAACUGAAAAAACAAAUUGCUGGUUAGACUUCAAUUCAGCUGCCAACUUAUUAUGGAUUUUGGGAUAUCUUGUCUCUUCUCCUUAAAUCAGGCUUCAUUGGGUUCAUCAUCUUUCUAUGCAUGCUUUAAUUCAUCUUCCAGAUCAUCCAUUUUGUGUUUUGGAAGUAGUUUCCCAGAGCCCGAGAUCUUAAACUCUGUCUUGAAACCCUCUUCCUCCAAAUUCACUGCUGCCUCGUCUCCCUUUAGAGAAGACGCUUGAUCUUCUUCCAGCUUUUUUACCUUUCUUUUUCUCUUGCUUUAGUGUGGUAGACUAUUUUUUUUAGCUCCAUUUUUCACCUUUCCCCAGAGCAAUUUGCAAGGCAAGAUAAAGUGACAAAAUGUUGUGCACACCAUAUUGCGUGCCAGCGGCAGCUAUGGCUUCUCCGACUUUCCCUGAUCAUUGCUUUAUCAGGCUCUUAAGACUGCAAGGGACAAGUUCACUCGAGAAAUCUCGAUCCAGUCCAAGGACAAGGACAUCUCUCUUGCUAAGGCUUUGCUUUAUGUUGCAGCUGAAGAUGAGGCAUUCAUGGCUUUUAACCAAGAGAUGGACACUCGCUCCCUCCUGAAUGAAAGGAGAAAUGUUUCUUCCCCAUCUGAUACCAAAGAGUGGGAUUCUGUGGAGCAAAUGCCUUUGGGUGGAAAGACCAUAUCUGAAUGGCUGAGUGAGUUGGAUGCAAUUGCUAAAGAAGUUGAAGCAGAGCUAGUUUCAAGAGACAUAGGCUGCCAUCUGGUUGAAGUUUUGGAGGCAGUCAAUUUAGUUCUUUUUGAGUUAAGAGGCUUCAAAAGAUCCCCUGUUCUCGUGGAUUCUAAGCAUUCAUACUUACACUCAAUACUGAGCUCUGGAUGUGGCAGUGCAAUUUUGCUUAGCAUAAUUUACAUUGAAGUUUGUCGGCGACUUGGUCUAACCAUUGUGGGAUCUCGAGUUGGGGGAGAUUUUUUAAUAUGGCCCCAGACAGGGUAUCCAGAGGAGCUCUUCAAAGUGACUUCAGGACACAGCUUGUUCGCUAUUGUCAAUGGAAGGUGUGUGGAGGACCCUAGAUCAAUGGCAUCAGAUUUAACUGGUACUUCACUUUUAGGGCUUGAGAUAGCUACAAACCGUGAUAUUAUUGGGAUUGCUCUAGCCAAUUUAAUUAGGCUUCACUGGAAACGUGCUUCGAGAUCAAAUCAUGGGUUGAUGCUGACUUCUCCCCUUAGGCAUGUUCAUAAUGCUGAUGAGAAACCUAACAAGAUUGAUAAAUCAAAUGUCCCUUUGUUGCGGCCUCAAGAUCUUAGGCUAGCUAUCAUGGCUUCAGAAAGAUUGUUGAUUCUGCAGCCACAUAAUUGGGCACUAAGGAGAGACCAUGGCAUGAUGCUGUAUUAUAAUAGGGAAUAUGGCAAGGCAGUGCAAGAGCUUAGCAUCUGCAUGGCCUUUGCUCCAGAGGAAGAGGCAGAGAUUCUUGAACCCUUUGUUGAGAAAUUGCAUUUGAUGCGGCUGGAGUUGUCGUGGAAGUCUUUGGGUCAUGCUGGCCGAUUGGCUGUUCCUUGAUUUUGUAUAUAACCCUCUCUCGCUCUCUCUGAAAUCCUCCUUGAGGCACCUAUAGUUUAAUGGAUGAGAAAUCUGCUACUGUGAGUUCUAUUUGACUUUGAAUGAAUAUUCCACCUCAACCAUGCUUGAUUAGCAUGCAUGGCCUUUUUGAUCAUGAGAAGUGCGGUGGAAGGCGCAUGGAGAUCGAAAUGCAAUCCUUCUUAAAACA